AGAUCGCCGCCUCGUUUCUCCAGUCAAAGCUGGAGGAUAGAGGAUAGGGGAGAGAAUGGGGCGCUUCUGCUCGUGGAGUGUUUUGAUAUUAAUUCAAGUUUGUGGUUUUUGUUCAGUUGAAGCCUCAGGUAAUGUGUUUUUUUAACAAAUGCGCAAUUUAAAGUCACUUUAAAGCUGCAGUAGGACGUUUUCUCGGUAACUUUAGGCGUUGGAGUCCUGUAGUUUGCGAGCUAACGGCUAACUCAGUCGGUGUUUCGGUGUGAAAUGUGACCGUGUAAAAAGGCGGUUUUUGGCGUCUGUGGUUGUCAUAGACACCGAUUGAGAACUCAGUCACAAAUGUUUUACUUUUGUUAUGAAAGACAUUUGUAAAGGGCAAGUUUUAAAUUGUGUUGAAAUGAUACAAAAGGCUACAUUCAUUAGAACUUUUGGGGGUUUGGACGAGUUUUGUAACCACGGCAACAAGAUACCUACUCGUCUUAAAGUCAACAGUUAACACGGUCACUAUUUAAACCGAAACACCCAGCUAACUUAGUCAAAUUCUGUCUUUUUGAGCACAGCGGUUGAACUAUCGCCUACAAGAGCACAGCUGAAAAGUUUUAUCAGUAUAAAUUUGUUAAUGAAAAUGUUGGUUAGCACCGAUAAGAGCUCAGCAAGCGAUUUAAGGUCCUUAUCAGUACGUUUCAGCCCCUUUCUAACCCACCAGCCCCACUUGGUUUCCCACUUUUCUUUUCAAAGUAAAGGUACCAGCUUUAUGAACCCUGACUGGUGCAAAGUGAAGUCUUUCGUGACACAUUUAUACCAUACAUUAUUCUUUAGGUAAAGAGUGGAACAAAUAUGGAGACAAGAUAGCUGCUGCUCUGAAGAGUUACACUCCAUGCAACUCUGUCCACUGCAGCUGCCAUCUCAGGUGGGUGUGACUCAAGUUUGGCUUGUAUAUUUCUCCAUUUGAUGAUAUAGGUUUAAAUCUAACAUGUCUGCUCCUGCCUCAGUGUCCUACACCAGGACCUGCAGCCCUUCAAAGGCGGGAUUUCCGAGGAUGUCAUGGCUGCGACUGUCCAGAGAGGAAUAGGCACCCACUACCAGAUCAUCGGACACAAGUUAUACAGAGAACACAACUGCAUGUUUCCAGCCAGGUAAUAAGAGAAAGUUCCUUAUGUGGUUAUUGUGAAUGUUAGAUUCUGUUUUAGAAGUUUAGACCAAACUUAUUGUUCUGUUUCCAGGUGUAGCGGGGUGGAGCACUUCAUCCUGGAGCUGAUUGACAGAUUACCCGACAUGGAGAUGGUGGUAAACGUGAGGGAUUACCCACAAGUCUCGAACUGGAUGCAGCAGACUCUGCCCGCCUUCUCUUUCAGUAAGGUUGGACUCUUUGAACUGGUUUUCCGCACAAUUGAGAACACACAAAUAUUUAUGAAAUUGAAUAAUAUGUGUUUUUUUAACUGGGUUUGAUUAGACGUUAGAUCACCUGGAUAUCAUGUAUCCGGCAUGGACGUUUUGGGAGGGCGGACCUGCUGUGUGGCCGAUAUACCCAACUGGGCUGGGACGAUGGGACUUGAUGAGGGAUGAUCUGAACAAGUAAGAAUUUGCAGAAGAGGUGCAUCUUGGAAAAAAAGUGUUUUCUUUGCAGAUGAAAUGUACGUUUUCAAUAUUUCUAAUACACAUCAUGUGUUGUAGGUCUGCAUCUCAGUGGCCGUGGAAGAAGAAGGAAUCAAAAGGAUUCUUCAGAGGCUCCAGGUCAGUCUGUCAGGGACUCCUCCCACCUGCAAACAACCCCAAAAUUCUUUCUAUAUCUAGUUUCUUCUAGUUUCUUAACCCAUUAAGACCUGAACCCUGUCUAAGACACGCCUCUGAAAUCCUGAGGGCAAUUUUAAGAAGAGCCCCCAGAUCCUGAGGUUUUCUGAAGUGUUGAGGUUUACAAAAAAGCUGAUAUCUCGGCCUCUGUAGGAGAUAGAAACAAAAUUCAAAAAGUCUUUAAGAGCUUACACAUGUGGCUUUCAAGAAAACUCUCUUUUAUUUUUCAGAACUUUCAUCACAUUAUUGAAAACCUUGAACAAACAAACUCAAAUGAUAUAAAGCGGCUCUGCACUGGAGCAUAACAAACUAUUUGCUUUCUGUAAAACAAGUGGCAGUCAUGAUAAAGUGUCCAUUCAACACAUGUGUAAAUAUAAUAUACAAAAAGCAGCACUAAAAACUACAAAAUGAAUAAAUAAAUAUGUGUCUGACAGUGUGUUCAUCUCCGUGCUCACCCAAAGUCAUGCAACACUCACAGACAACGUCGAUAGUGUGAGAUAAAGCGUCAAUAUGAAGAGGUUGUUCACACUGCUGGAUGCUUCUCCUCCGAAGCUGCUCUCUGUCUCCGUCAUUGUUUACUCAUGAAGCACGUAGCAAGAUCCGAGCAUGAAUCCAAGCGCUUUAUUAGCUUAUCAGAAGCAGACAAAAUGAUGAUUUGAUUCGCCACGACUCCAGAAAUGAUUUAAAAACUACAGAAUGUCACAAAAUGACGUAUCUUCACUCCCGGCUUGAAGAGUAGAAAUGCGCAGCAGCACCGCCAGCUUUGAAGGUUGAAAUGCGUACAUGCUUCUCCCAGCUUGAAGGGUUGAAAUACCUACAUGCACCCGGCUUUCUGAGUAGAAAUGUGCAGCCGUGCUCCCGGCUUGGAAGGUUGAAAUGCGUGCAUACUGUCCCGGUUUAAAUGGGUUAAAUUCUCUGUGUUUUUUUUCCAACAGAACAAGCCCAGAACGCGACCCUCUGAUUCUUCUAUCAAGGGAGGAUCCAGACCUGGUGGAUGCAGAGUACACAAAGAACCAGGCCUGGAAGUCUGAGAAGGUCAGUUGUGAUACAGUUUGACACUUAAGGUUCAAUCAAAUCCUUUUUAAAGUUUUUCUUGUAUGUUGCAUCCAAACAGAAAAAAAGUCAAUCUGUGUCUUUCAAUUCUAGGACACACUCGGGAGACCACCAGCCAAAGAAAUCCCCCUGGCAGAUCACUGCAAAUACAAGUAAACUGAAGCAAGAACAAAACAAAGCACAUAUGAGUUUUGAGUCUUUUUAAAAGCCCCUCCUUUUAACUUGCUGGAUUCUUGCAGGUAUUUAUUCAACUUUCGGGGUGUCGCAGCCAGUUUCCGCUUCAAACACCUCUUCCUCUGCGGCUCCCUGGUGUUUCACGUGGGCGAUGAAUGGCAGGAGUUUUUCUACCCUCAACUCAAGCCGUGGGUUCACUACAUCCCAGUCAAGCAGGAUCUGUCUGACGUCAGGUACCAGAUCUCUCAGUAACCAAAUAAAGAUCAUACAUUAUGAGUAAACAGCAGUGUUAAUAAGUGUUUUCAUGUGUUUCUUCAGGGAGCUGCUGCAGUUUGUCAAAGAGAAUGACGCCGUAGCAAAAGAGAUCGCGACCAAAGGUAUGGAGUUCAUCCUCAACCACCUGCGGAUGCAAGAUGUCUCCUGCUACUGGGAAAAGCUCCUCACUGAGUUCAGCAGUCUCCUCACCUACAAACCCAAAAGGAAAGACAACUACAACCAGGUGAUCCACAGACCCAGCAAGACAGAGCUUUAGAAGGGGGACUCUGCAGGACCAGGACAGCUGUGAAUGAAGGGAAACUCAACACGGUGAAUGUACAACCAGCACAAAGACAUCUGAUCGCCUCAUGAGACUCAACAGAAAGGGAGUUACAGUUACAGGGCAGGUAGUUUAGUGUAGCAGAGAUAGGUUUAGUCUAGUUUGUGGAUGGGGACAGGUCUUUUUUAUACCAAACUUUAAACUCUGACAUCUUUGUAGGUCAGGCAGUUCAUCUUGCAUACUUACCUCCAGCAUUAAAAGCCAACUUUUUAAGUAUACUCUUGUAGUCAGGGGUGAAAACAGACACCAUCUCGCCAAAUCCCUCCAGAUAUAUCAGAGAGAAAACCGUUAUGUGUUGGUUUAUGACCAAUAAUCUAAUUCUCGAAGUCUCAGUUUCACUGUGAAUGUUAAGUCAAACAAGCUCAUGUUCUCAUGAUAUACCUGCGCGGGUUCCAAGUUUGCCAAACUAACAGCUGAAUGAUGCAGAUUUGUAAAAAAAAAAAAAUGAAAGCGUCUAUCACCUCUGUCACUACCUCCCUUAAUAAACCCCUGUGGUCCAAAUCAGGGGGUCCCAGUUUCACUGUGAAUAGUAGAUCACACAGAGACCUCUUUCUGGUUUACCUCAGCAGAAGUUUCUUGCAAUAAUCGGGUCGGUGUCAAUUUUGCCAAAAUAACGACUUCGUGAUGCAGAUUGUUAAAAAGCACAUUUGAUGUGUCUGUCCUGAAGAGGAAAAGAAACAUCUUUUGAAUAACAAUAUGCCAAGAUUGGGAAAUAAAAACCCUGAUCGGUGUCAAGUUGAAGUUUUUGAUCUAGAAUGGAUCGUUAGCAGCUCUUGUUUAAAAAUAUGAAUAGAUAGAUGUCAGAUUGCUGUCAGUAGGGAACAGGGAAGUCAAUACGGCGGAUUUCUUCCUGCCUGCCUUUGCUCUCCUGUUUUUUUUCUGCUUACUUUUUAAAACCUGUUUAUCGGUCGAUACGACUCGGAUUACAAAUUCAUCGCCAAUGUUUGUUCCUACACUAAAAUCCAGGCCUGAUCUCCGGUUUCUACAACACUGUGUAGAAUCUGUGCUCGAGGGCCUUUGGUGCUGAGAGAAAAGAAAAUAACCAUGAUGAUAAAAUUCCAGUUUAACAUAAAACCUACACAGCAUGUAAGUCUAACCAUGCUGCCCUCUACUGGACAAUUGAAGAAACUCCAAUUUCUAACCAACAUUAAUAUUAACAUACUACAUUUUUGUUUAUUUCAACUGUCAUCUAAAUAACAGCAUUUUAAAAAGUUUUGCCAUAAGUUCAACAACUUUAAAACAUAAAUGAAUUGUGUUUUUAAGUUUGACACUUAGUGCCAACUGUGAGCAAUAAUGACAUUCGAGUAUUAAACUCAUCACUACCAAGAAAAGCUCGUCUUUAUUGUUAUUUUUAAGAUAAAUCUGCCCUGCUGUAGAGAGCUGAUGUAAACCUGGUGCAGGGAAAUGUUGAAUAUGUUGUAAUAUUCACAUUGUAAUGCAAAGAAAGAACCAAACUUACUGAUGGAAGGUUGUUUAUUUGCAUGGAUAUGUUGUGAUUUUUGGUGAAUGUGGUACGUUGCUGGGAUUUGACCAAAAAGCUGUGAACAUCUGCAGCAUUUUUUAUAUCGAAUAAAGGGUUUGAGUCAUGAAACAUCCUGA